AUGUGUAAAAUUAAACCUUUUGAAUUACAGUUUGAGCACCAAGCACUGCUUAUUAAAUUUGUGUUUUUUAUAAAAAUAUUUAAGAUGGGUGACCAAGGCUUCCUGAAACAAAAACCCGGUUUCGCAACCAUCGCGAUUCAUGCAGGGCAAGAUCCAAGCAAAUGGGAGUCUUCUGCUGUGGUGGCACCAAUUGUUACUUCUACCACGUUUAAACAGACGGGACCUGCCGAGUACAAGGACUUCGACUACGGCCGAUCUGGUAAUCCAACAAGGAACACCCUUGAAGAAUGCUUAGCUGCGUUAGAUGGUGGAAAGCACGCUUUGGCGUUCGCAUCGGGUUUGGGGGCUAUCACAACUAUAACAUCGUUACUAAGCCAAAAGGACCACAUCUUGUGCUGUGACGAUGUGUAUGGAGGAACUAAUAGGCUAUUGAGAAAUGUCGUUCAAAGGAUGGGUAUAGAAAUCUCAUUUGCCGACUUUACCAUUGAAGAUAGCAUCAAGAAGGAGAUCAAGGAAAACACAAAAAUGAUAUGGGUAGAAACACCAACCAACCCUCUCCUGAAGGUGAUAGACCUAACAGCAGUUGUCAACAUCGCGAAAGGCAAGGGUAUCUUAAUAGCAGUCGACAACACCUUCCUGACUCCAUACCUGCAAAGACCCCUGGACUUCGGAGUAGAUAUCGUCAUGUACUCCAUCACGAAGUACAUGAAUGGACAUUCUGAUGUUAUCAUGGGGGCUGCUGUGGUUAACGAUAGUGAUCUGGAGAAGCGACUUCGCUUCUUACAAAACUCGAUGGGUAUCGUUCCGUCGCCCAUGGACUGCUACUUGGUGAACAGAAGUUUGAAGACCCUCGCCAUUCGGAUGGAGCAACACAAGAAAUCCGCACUGGUGGUGGCUAACUGGCUUCUGAAACAUCCUAAGAUUGUCGAAGUUAUGCACCCAGGUCUGCCGUUCCAUCCGCAAUACGAAAUCGCCAAGAGACAGAUGACUGGUCAUUCUGGAACAUUUAGUUUCAAGCACAGCGGAGAUCUCAAGGAGUCCAAGAAAAUGCUGAGCGCUUUAAAAGUGUUCACGUUGGCUGAGAGUCUGGGUGGCUACGAGAGUUUAGCUGAAUUGCCAACGCUGAUGACGCAUGCGUCGGUACCCGAAGAGCAAAGGACGCGUUUAGGCAUCACGCACAAUCUUAUAAGACUGUCCGUCGGAUUAGAAGAUGUUGAGGACCUCAUUAACGACCUGGACCAAGCUAUAAAAGUCGCUUUCGAAUAA